AUGGGCUUGUUUAAUGGAAAUGAAAAUGACAAGGAUGUCACAAACUUUAAUAACGAUGUUUUAGAGAACAAGUUCUCUAAACAAUUAACCCGUAUUGAUGAUACGUUAAAUGAAAUUUGGAAGGAUAUAUCCGAUGAACCUGCUUCUUUUAUUGAUGACGUUGUAAAGCACUCUACUUCUAAGGCGUUUUCUGAUGGGCUUAUAGACUCUAUUUGGCUUAAUGCGACAGACACCCUUGGAGAGGUACUAACUGGGAUGGGCCUUCCUGGAGGCCUUGGUAACCCGCUUAAGAUUAAACGCAUGUUGAAUCCGGAAACGUCGAUGUAUAGAUACACUAUGCCUACAGAUGAGCAAUUCAGUAGGUGUAAGGAUUUGAAAGGUCUCUCUGUCUGGGAUACGAAAGGGUGGUGGAGAUGUCUUUUCCCGGAAUCUGUGGUACGGAGAAAUAUAGGUACUGAUGAGGACCUUUCCAAGAUUCUUACUCGUGAAAAAGUUGAGAACGACCGUUCUCACAAGUUUGGGCUCUUCUUCCCUGACUACUCAGGUUACUUGUCAUGGAGGUCUCACAUGUUGAGGCUAACGAAAGAAAAACAACAACGCGAGCAACAGGAACGCCAAAAACGUGAGAAUCUGCUAUCUUCAACCCCCAGCACCCCUGAGGACCUGAUGGCUUGGAAUCACGACUCUUCAGUGUCAUCUGCAGAUGCCAGAGGAAAGGUCAUGGGUACGUCCAAGUACAGCACAUUCAAUUCGACGGACAGAGGACAGGAACAAAUUGUUGAAAGCAGGACCUACUUUGAGGACGGAUCUGUUGCCAUCCAUUCAGAGAAGAAGAUUGUCCCCUAUGAUGGUUCUGAGCCUAUCUAUGAAACGAGAAACGAGGUUGUGGGAAGAGAGGGACAAGAUGCCACAAAGGAUGGCUGGUUUUGGAAGAAAUGA